AUGCUCGCUUGCGGGGCGAUCAGACCCUCUAUCCGCAUUGGGUCCAUCGCGUGCGGCCGCAAACACGACCUGACAAACAUAAGGCAGAUCCUGUCGGAAGUUCCCAGCCCUGCACCCGGACGCGCGACGGCGCCAGCGGCGCCCCUCCUUGGUCGCAAAAGAGCCCGUCCGACUCCUUCUGUCACAAGCGACGCCAAUGGCGCCUCAGUCACUCCCGUGUUGAAGAGGGCGAAGGUGCGGCGCCCGUGCGUGGAUCCAAACGCUGGCUCGACGCUCGGAAAUUCCGCACCAGCACGGGGUUGUCCAACACCCGGCUCCGAUGGCGUGAAGGUCCCCGUCAUGGCCCCAGCUCUGAAGAAGAUGAAGACGCAGCGCCCGCAAUUAAAGCAGGCCUCAGCCGUGUCAGCACACCCGUGCGGACCCUUAGGACCCGGUGCUUUGAUGACCCCGGCUGUGGCCCGCGCGGGCCUGACACCCCAGCCCGCCGCCAAGAAGGCCAAGAAGAAGGGGGCAAAGAUCCCAGCACAGUCGAAACAGCCCGCUCCUGGAUCGAAGCCCUGCCGUCCCCGGGCCCCCGCGGCAGAAGCGGAGAGCAUCGAGGAUCCGUCUGCAGCUGCGCGUGGACAAGGCACAGGCGGCGGAGCAACAGUGCCAACUGCGGAAACGGCCGCUCAGCCGAUCGUCCACCCGGUUGCUGCGAGCUGUUCGGCGAAGCAAGAUGAAGUGCGGGCCUGUUCAGAGGUGCUGUCGACAAGCGCAUCCGAACCACAGGCCGCCGCGACCGCUGCCGGCCAAGGGGGAGAGCGGGCCGUCAACGGAGCACCGUGCGCGUCGGCUGCGCCACCCGCGCCAAAGGCAGGAGAGCGCAAGGGGCCAGAGCCGAAGAAGAGGUCGAAGGUGGCCGACUUGGAUCUUCCGAGCGUGACCGAGAAGGUUUUGAAGGGCUUUGCGGAGGGGAAGGUCGGAAAGCUUAGCGUUCCUGAAAUGAAGUGCUAUCUGAAGGCGCACAAACAGAAACUUGGGGGCAAGAAGGCAGAUUUGGAAGCGAGGCUUGUGUCCCUGCUCAGGGGCCCCGAACAGUGA